GAAAGGAAGAUGUUCGAAGGGUUAGUGCGGCAACUGAUAUUGGGGUACUUGGGUCGAUACAUCAGAGACAUCCAAAAGGAGCAGCUUAAGAUUACACUGUGGAAUGAAGAAGUUCUUUUGGAAAAUGUAGAGCUGAUUCUUGAAGCUUUCGAUUACCUUCAGUUGCCAUUCGCUCUCAAGCAUGGACGUGUUGGUAAAUUGAGCAUAAAGAUUCCAUGGAAAAAGCUCGGUUGGGACCCCAUCAUAAUUGUUUUGGAAGAUGUUUUUAUUUCUGCCUGUCAACGAGAGGACAAGGAGUGGUCUGUAGAUGAAAUUGAGAAAAGAGAAUUUGCAGGCAAAAAGGCUAAACUUGCUGCUGCAGAGCUUGCCAAACUGUCAAGACGUGUGUGUGAUGAUCAUGCUGGAAAAUCAUUUAGUUCAUACAUUACUGCAAAGAUUCUUGAUGGCAUACAAGUGUCUAUAAGAAAUGUCCACGUCCUAUACCGGGACAUGCUGACUGCUUCGGCGGUGACUGUAUUUGGUUUGAAGUUUUCUGGUCUGACUAUUAGCCGACAAAAUCUUGUUGGAUUAUCUAGUGGGAAAAUAAGAGGGGGCCAAGUCAAUAAAGUGAUUGAAGUUCAGGGGUUGGAGUCAUACUGUAGAACUUUUCAAGGGACUCUUGAUUUGAUGAGUAUGUAUGGUGGCAUUGAUUCAAAGUAUCAAGAGAAUUCAAGACCUGAAGGCGAUAAACAUGUUCACAUGUUAUCCCCAUUGAAUGUGUUAGUGUAUCUUUCGGUGAAUAGAUCAGGAAAGCUCGAGAACGAUGCUCCUCAGUAUAAUGUUAAUGUUGUUUUAACUAAUCCGGUUGUGUCUUUGGAUGAAGUUCAGUUGCAACAGAUUUUGACGCUUUGUGAUUAUUUAUCAACGUGUCCAAUGAGGGAGAAAUAUGGAAGGUAUCGUCCUUGGUGGAGUCCUUUAGGGGAAAAGCGCAAAGGUUGGCAAAUAGCAUGGUGGCACUAUGCUCAGGAAUCUGUGCUGUCAGAUGUUCGAAAGCAGUUGAGGAGAACUUCUUGGAAGUACCUUGGAGAGCGCAUGAACCAACGCCGGAAGUAUAUUCAUUUGUAUAAAACCAAAUUAAAAUGUCUUCAACAAGAUCAGGCAAUCGAGGAAGAUGUUCUUUGUGAGUUGGAGGAAAUGGAGAGACUAUCUGAUAUAGACGACAUAUUAAGUUACAGGUCUGCUGCGGAGCGUGAGAUAAAGGAUUUACUUGCGACUUCAUUGUCUAGCCGUGGAAGUAAUGGUGCCAACUUUGACAUGUCUUUGGAAGAUGAGCGUCCUUCAAACAAACCUCGUGGAUGGUUGAACUGGCUAUCACGCGGCAUGCUAGGGGCUGGUGGAACAGAUGAUUCUAGUCAGUUUUCUGGUGUUAUUUCAGAUGAUGUAAUCAAGGAUAUCUAUGAGGCAACAAAGUUCCGUCCUGCUCCAUCAAUGAAUGAAGAUGCUGCCAAAGCUGAUGAAGUCUUCUUAUCUUCAAUCAAGUUUAACAUUCAUCAAUUUACUUUUACUCUGCAGAGCGUGAGAUUGGGACGUGCAAUUGCUCAUUUGAUGCUUGAUAGUGUUUCCACUGAAUGCAAGAUUUGGGAAAGAUAUACUGGAAUCACUGCUACAAUUAAUGCAGUCCAGUUGUUUAAUCCAUUUAAUAAUCAAGUUAUUCUUAUGACAAAGAUUAACACCAAGGAAAAUGAACUCGACAUUGAACCAUCCUUAAGUAUCCAAGUUGAGGUUCUGCCUCGCAGUUGUGAAGUUAGUUCAUCAGUGAAGGUCAAUCUUCAGCCUAUUGAAGUGAAAUGUGACACAAGAUUUCUUAUGGAUAAUCUGGAGUUCUUUUAUAUCUUCGGCAAUUUCAAAUUUCAACAGGAAAGGAUUCUAUCAUCAAUAAAUGAGAUCAGUAAUGUCCGCACGAGACUCCUGUCUAAAAUUGAUUGCAUUUUAUCAAAUCGAAAAAGCGUAAUGUGGGAUGUCAAUCUUGCCUAUCUUCUUUUUACGAUACCAUGGGUGGACAGAAACUUUGAAGAGCACAAAGUGGUAGUAGAACUCGGAGAUUUCACAUUUAAAUCUAAUUUUAAGAGGGGUUCUUUGGCUUCUGAUCUGCAAGGUCAUUCUCACCGUCAUCUGAGUGACUACUUGAUCUCCAGUUCCGGUGAUUUCUUCCCUUUGGGUUUUCAACUUGAUGAUUUCUAUGAUCACUAUCAGCUUAACUUUAGCAAUUUUGAGGUUCUAGUGUCAAUCCCUUGUUCAACUGAAGCCAUCCCAAUUUUCGAGAAAUUGAACUUUUCAGCGAACUUAGAAUCUUGCAUUAUUCCAGAUGAGGCAGUAUUGAAAAGAUUAGAUGUCUACAUCCACAUUCCAUCAAUUCUUUUCCACUUUUCGCCAUCUAUAUAUUGUAGCAUUUUGGGUCUAAUUGGAAAUUUUAAUGAGCUGCACUGCAAAUCAGAGUGUGCAGACCUGAAUAAUGGAAAUGAGGUUCAUAACAACUCAAAUGGACUUGGGACUUCUGAAGUUUUCUGGUUUUCUGUUAGUGCAAGUUUGGAGUUUGUUAAUUUCAAAGUUGACCUUGAAAAUGAAGUGGAAAAUGGCUAUGUUCUCCUGCUUUGCCCUUGGAGUUUAGAUGUUAGUUUCAAUCUGAAAGAGUUCCUGGAUUGCUGGAUGUCCAUGAAGGGAUUGCAGAUCGUUGCUUAUCCAAAGAAAAAUGUGGAAACCAAAUAUAUACUCUGCUCCUCUGGAGGAAAGUUGACUACUGAAUCUUCAGAUCAGGUUGAGAAGGAUUGCAAACUUACCAAUCAAAAUGAGAACUUUGAUGAUAAGACUGCAAGUGCCGAUGGGUGUUUGAAGCUGCAUUUUGAAUCUUACAAAGGAUUGGAGUCAGCUUAUGACAAGUUUUCAGUAAGCUUAAGUCACGUUGAGAUACACUGCUACCCAUUCAUAAUUGGCCUUCUGGUUGGAUUUUUUGAUAGAAUUUUGAAAUUUGGAACUUCUGUUGUUCAUCAAGACAGCUCUGUUGUGGAUGGUAAUUGUUCCUGCUCAAGACCUCAUUUUGAUUUUGAAAAGUAUGGUUUUUCUAACUUUGUUGAAGGAGGAUCCUCCGAGUGCAUGAGUAUUCCCUUGGAAAAUUUUCCUUUCACUACAAUCUGCAAUUCUGGUCCUAUUGUUGCUUUUGAGACUUUGGUUAACUAUGCCACUCCUCGGUGGAGGAAAUAUUUAGACUUGAGAGUCAGGAAAGUCCAAUGGAACAGGUGCAGUUUGAAAGAGGGGUCUACAUGCUUUUACUGCCACUUAAAGAAACCCAAACAUAGUGCAGACCCUUUUUGGCAAAACUCCAGUAGUAAUGAAAUGUUUGAAGCUGAAUUUAACCUCUACAGCAUGAGGUUAUACUUUCAUGAUUCAGCAUGUGUAGUUGGAACUAUAUCUUUGGCAACCUGUAAAUCAUCUCUUUCAGUUUGUGAUGGUUGUUUUGAUUUUCUGUGUUCUAUGGAGGGAUUAAUUCUUUCUUCAUCUUGGUGGCCACAAACUAUUAGUGGCUUCCUUUGGGGUCCCUUACUACCCAAUCUCUCUCCAAUUUUGAACGUACGUGCAAGGAAUGAUCCCAGUGGUUCAAUUGAAUUGAGUUUUGGCCUUCAACAUGUGUCCUGUACUUUACCUCCUGAGCUUCUCGCUGUGAUAAUUGGCUAUGCUUCCUCACCUGAAUGGAGCUGCAAGUCUGAAGACAAUCCCAUUACCUCAGUUAACUCUGACUGUAGUGAUUUGGAAGUGAGCAGCUCCACCUUUUAUAAGUUUGAGAUACUAGACUGUGACUUGUUGGUACCUGUUAGGCAAGAUGGAUCUCAGUUUCUAAAGCUUGAUAUACAACAGUUGCUUGGUUGUUUUAUUGAAAACAGUGAUUUUAAAUUUGUGCUGAAGGAAAUUCCUUUUGAAUGUUUGGUCGUGGAUGACAAAAUUUCCAACAGAAAUCAUUGUUUAAACUUGUUUGGACGUGAUUUAUCUCUGUCGCUAAUGCUGAUGAAGGAUGACCUAUUUGAUUCCUCAAGUUUUGAUCUGAGUCCUGGAUGCCGGAAUGUUACUUUAAUUUCAUCAUUCGAUGCUGAUGUUUGGGUGAGAGUCCCCUUCCAGUUAGAGUCGUGUAAUGUUCCCUCUUCCUAUCCAAUUUGUGUAAUGUCAAAGAUUAUCAAGUGUCAGCUUGUUGCUGGAGGAAUAUGGACAGUUAGUGGCUUCAGGGCACUGGUGGAUAUCAUAAAUCAGUUUUCCUUGGUGGACAAACAAUCAAAAUUAUUCAAAUAUGAUGUUUUAGAGUUCCUUGAGUUGAAAAGGCAAAUGGAAGAUGACACUGUGGCCUUGCUUGAAGAUUCAGCAGUUACCUCCACAGAUAUUAGGCUCUGCAUGAGGUCACUGUCCAUUAGGUUGUGUUCUCCAAAAAGUGAAUCAACUGUUUCUGAGCUUGUAGCAGAAGUUGAAAUGCAACUCAUGUGCUCUGCCUCAAUAGUGGAAGGCAAACCCUAUUCUGUCAAUGUUUCAUUAUCUUAUCUCACUUUCUUUUCAUCUCUGAAUUCGGUUAUGCUCGUGGAGUGCCCGUCUUCCAGCUCUAGCUUGUUAUCUCCUAGAAUGACUCUUUCAGUGUCAGAUCAGGGAAAAAGUAAGGUUCUUGUGUCUCUUCCUUGUAUAGAUGUUUGGAUGCACAUGUCUGACUGGAGACAGAUCUUUGUAUUACUUGGUGACUACCAACCACAAACUUCCAGAAUGUCUACUGUAGAUGCAUUACCAAAAAAUUACCAUGCCAUUGAAAAUUUGGCAAUUACUGUACAAUCUCCUACUUUGUCAAGGUCUUUAUCAUCAGAAAACCCAAGGAAUGAAGCUGGUUUUUCUGCUGUAAAGUUGGAAGGAGUUGGCAUUACUACUUAUAUUCCUGUUCAAGUCAAUCGAGAAAUAUUUAGCAUACUUGAAGAACCCCAAACCCAAAACCAAUUGCCCUUUGACAUUAUACUUGGAAAUCAGCAUGUAUUUCUUGCUUUUGCCUUUCAAAGUAGUUGCAGUGAGAUGGUUAGCAGUGGCAAGAAUGUGAUCCUGACUGUCAAAUUGGAAAAAGUGGGUGGGAUGCUGGUGCUAUGUAAGGACAAUAUUCCAAGAUCCUGGUCGCUUUUUGAAGUGUUUCAGGUCAAUCUGGGAUCUGAAGUUUUAAAUCACCAGAUCGAGGAUGCACAAGUAAACAUGGAUAUCCAUUGUGACAGUCUUGACAUAUGGCUUUCAAAUGAUACAUGUUGCUUGUUCCGCUAUAUGUUGUUUGAAAUUCCAGAAUCUGGGCCUUCUCAACUCAUGUUCAACAGUAUUAAAUUUAGUGCACAACUAAAAAAAGUCUCCAUUCUUUUAACUGAUGCUAAGUGGAGUUCAUGUGGGCCUUUGGUUGAGAUUCUGAUGAGAAACCUGCUCUUUAAUUGUAACAUAACACAAAGUGAAUUGAAUGGAGCAAUUGAGGGCGAUCUUCAAGCAAACUACAACAAUAUUGACGAGGUCUUGUGGGAGCCCUUUGUAGAGCCCUGGAAAUUUCAGUUAAGCAUAUCCAGAAAGCAUGAUUAUAGUUCUCUCCUGGACGGUGCAAUGAUGACCCAUGCACAUCUUAAAUCAACAACCCAGCUUAACUUGAAUCUUACUGAAUCUCUGAUUGAGGUUAUUUACCGGACGACAGAUAUGAUGAAGGAUGUCUGGGAGCUGCCAGAAAUAACUACUCGAUCAACGAGUCCAAGAUUCUUUAAGUCUCAGAUAAAGGAGAAUCUAGAUACCAGAAGAUAUGCUCCGUAUAUACUUCAAAAUUUAACUUCCUUGCCCUUGGUUUUUCAUAUUUGUGAAGGGGAGCUUGUUGAAUAUGAGAAUGCAUUGCCCUCAAAAGGUGGAUAUAUACUGCAAGCUGGUUCUUCAGUUCCAAUAUAUGUUGAUGAAACUCCAAAGAAGCAGCUUUUCCAUGAUAGACUUGUUCAAUCAUCUGAAAGACACUAUAGCAAGCAAAUAGUUGAGGCAGCUCACAGUUUUAUUAUUAUACAACUAGAGGGCACAUCAAUACCUUCUCCUCCAAUUUCAAUGGAUCUUGUAUCAAUGGAUCUUGUAGGUCUUAGAUACUUUGAGGCGGACUUUUCCAAGCCAAAUACUAGAUCUGGAAUUGUUGAUGGUGUGGAUAAUUCAACAGGAUGUAAAAAGGCACAAGGGGAUGGCAGGACAGAGACAAAGAGUGGCUUUGUCAUUCCUGUGGUUGUUGAUGUAUCAGUCCAGCGCUACUCGAAGUUGCUGCGAGUAUAUUCAACAGUUCUACUAAAAAAUGCAACUUCUGUGCCUCUUGAAGUGCGUUUUGAUAUUCCAUUUGGUGUGUCUCCAAAGAUUCUAGAUCCUAUAUAUCCAGGGAAGGAGUUUCCUCUGCCUUUGCAUUUGGCUGAAGCAGGUCGAAUGAGAUGGCGCCCUCUUGGCGAUACUUACCUUUGGAGUGAGGCUUAUAACGUCUCAAAUUUAGUUUUGAACGAGAGUAGGACUAAUCUUCUGCGUUCCUUUAUGUGCUAUCCAUCUCAUCCUAGCAGUGCUCCUUUCCGCUGCUGCAUAUCAGUUGAUAAUAGGUCCUUGCCUGCAGUCAAUGGACUGAAGAGAAGUUUCCCUUGUGAGGAUAGUGCCAAAACCUCCAAUAAAACCUACAGGAAAGAAUCAAAUGACUUGCAGAUCUCAAAAAAACGAUUGAUGCAUCUGGUGAUCUUAACUAGCCCAUUAGUGUUCAAAAAUUAUCUUCCAGUGACAGUUUCAGUGCUCAUCGAUAAUGGUGGUAUUACACGUAGUGCAGCACUUUCCAAGGUUGAAACUUCUUUCUUUCACAUCGAUUCCUCAAAUGACCUGACAAUAACUUGUAGCAUUGAGCGCUUUAGACCUUCAGUCCUCAAAUUUCCACGUGCUGAAACAUUUAGUGCAAUGGCUAAGUUCAGUGGAACCAAGUUCUCUCUAUCUGAAACUAUUGCUUUUGAUUCUGAGCCACUUGACGGUCCUUUGUAUGUCACCAUGGAGAAAAUAAUGGAUGCAUUCUCAGGGGCUCGUGAAAUAUGCAUUUCUGUUCCAUUCUUGAUAUAUAAUUGCAUUGGUUUUCCUCUUAUUUUAUCAAACUCUGUCAAUGAGCUCAAGGGCAAUAGUUGCAUUGUAACUUCAUGUUACGAUUUGCAUGAGCACGACCCAACGGUUGGCAGCAAAGUUGGGUUGAGUAUGCUUUCUUCUACUCAGGAUCUCCUUAAAGCUCCAAGGAAUUCUCAUCUAGCAUUCAGUUCAUUAAGAAAUAAAAUUGACAAGAAAGCUGUUGACUCCAAACUGUAUAACAAAUUCUCGAGUCCAUAUGGUCCAUCAAAAUUGUGCCAUGGGUGUGCUGAGAUGCCUGACUUGGAUGCUUCAAGAUCAUCACUUCAUAUGCCUAAGGAUGAGUCUGGUACAAACAGACAAUUAAAGUUGAAACCAGACAUGAACUCUUCUGAUUUUGAGGGAAUUGAUUGUAAGAAGGCCAAUCCUUGCAUGUACUCUCCUGGUCAGAUUUCUAGUUCUGGUGAAAUAUUGGUCAGGUUGAGUAGAUGCCUGCCUGAUACUGUUUCCAAAGAAAUCCCCAGUUCUUUGUGGUCGAGCCCAUUUUUGCUUGUUCCACCAACUGGUUCAACUAGUGUAGUUGUUCCUCAGCUGUGUGGAAAUGCUGGGUACCUGGUAUCUGUUAGUGCUGUUGCUGCACCAUUUCCUGGAAGGACAAAGAUUAUAACAUUUCAGCCAAGGUAUGUUAUCAGCAAUGCAUGCAGCAGGGCCUUGUUUUACAAGCAAAAGGGUACUGAUCGAGUUUUUCUUCUUGAAGCUGGACAACAUUCUCAUAUUCAGUGCAUAGAUAUAGCCAGGGAGUUUCUUGUUUGUAUUCGUUUUCAUGAACCUGGAUCGCAGUGGUCAGGUUGCUUCUCACCAGAGCAUCUAGGUGAUACUCAGGUUAAAAUGUGGAAUUAUGCAUCUGGUUCUGUAAACAUGAUCCGUGCGGAAGUGCAGAGUGCUGAUGUUUCCAUUGAAGAUAACAAGGUAGUUGGAAGUGCUCAUGGAAAUUCUGGAACGAACUUGAUACUCUUAUCUGAUGAUGAUACAGGCUUUAUGCCCUACAGGAUUGACAACUUUUCAAUGGAGAGACUACGAGUUUACCAACAAAGAUGUGAAACCUUUGAAACUAUGGUUCACUCUUACACAUCUCAACCUUAUGCAUGGGAUGAACCUUGCUUUCCACACCGUCUGACUGUUGAGGUGCUUGGUGAGCGCAUUAUAGGGAUAUAUACACUUGAUGAUGUCAAGGAUUACUCACCAGUAUACUUACCUGCAACUCUUGAGAAACCCGAAAGAACUUUGCUGGUUUCUGUUCAUUCUGAAGGAGCAAUUAAGGUCCUCAGCAUUAUUGAUUCCAGCCACCAUGUUUUGAAUGAUUUGCCUACUUCAGACACCUUUAAGUUUAAAAUUAAGCAAAAAGAAGCACAAAAACGUGAAAGUUUUGGUCCUUUUAACCAAAGGAUAUUAGUUGACAUUCCCUUUAUUGGGAUCUCUCUAAUGAAUUCCUACCCAGAGGAGUUGCUCUUUCUUUGUGCAAAGAAUUCAAGAAUUGAUCUUACUCAGAGUGUUGAUCAACAAAAGUUUUGCUUGCAUAUCUCAUUCUUGCAAAUUGAUAACCAGUUGCCAAGCACUCCAUACCCUGUCAUUUUGUCCUUUGACAAGUGCUAUAAAGGCAAUAAGGAUGAUAGGAAAAAGAUUACAGGUCAAAUUGAUUCCGAUAGGUUGCAAGAACCAGUGAUCUACCUAUCUGUGGCAAAGUGGAGGACCAAAAAUAUGUCGUUGGUGUCAUUUGAACAUAUUAACUUAAGAGUGACAGAUUUUCAUCUUGAGCUUGAGCAAGAUUUGGUGUUAAGUCUAUUAAGAUACUUCAAAACUAUGCAAAUGAGGUUCCAAACCAGGGUUCUGCAGCAAGUAGAUUCUACACUUUAUCCAUCUUUUUCUGACCCUGGCAUUGUCAAGGAUACUAAUGCACAAAUUCAGGCCCUUGUUACUACUUCAUAUCAAGAAGACUGGAGAAGCUCUUCGCUUCCUCCAGUAAUUCCUAUUGGAGCUCCCUGGCAGCAAAUUCACCUUCUAGCGAGAAAGCAGAAGAAAAUAUAUGUUGAACUGCUUGAUCUGGCACCAAUUAAGAUGACUUUAAGCUUUUCCAGCAGCCCAUGGAUGCUUCGAAGUGGGGUCCUUGCAUUGGGAGAAUCCCUCAUCCAUAGGGGUUUUAUGGCCCUAGCAGACGUCGAGGGUGCAAAUAUUCACCUUAAAGAGCUAAUUCUUUCUCAUCAGCUGGCUAGCUGGGAAUCCAUCCAGGAGAUCCUUAUCAGGCAUUACAGUAGGCAGUCUCUUCAUGAGAUGUACAAGUUGUUUGGUUCUGCUGGCCUUAUUGGCAAUCCUUUGGGAUUUGCGAGGAGCGUCAGUCUUGGGAUAAAAGAUUUUGUAUCAGUUCCUGUCCAGAAUGUUUUUCAAAGCCCUGUAGGACUCCUUACAGGCAUGGCACAAGGCACCACCAGUCUUCUGAGUAACACACUCUAUGCGAUAAGUGAUGCUGCGAGUCAAUUCAGCAGAGCAGCACAUAAGGGUAUUGUUGCUUUUGCAUUGGAUAACCAGAAUGUUGGGCAGAUGGGAAGGGAAAAAAAGGGAAUUUCAACUAAUAGCAAAGGUGUAAUUAAUGAAUUUUUGGAGGGGCUUACUGGCCUUCUUCAAUCACCUGUUCAAGGUGCUGAAAAACAUGGCCUACCUGGAGUUGUUUCAGGCAUUGCUCUAGGUGUAACAGGACUUGUGGCAAAACCAGCAGCCAGUAUCCUUGAGGUUACUGGAAAAACAGCACAAAGCAUCAGAAACCGAAGCAAAAUUCCUCAUGUCGGUUCACAGCGAUUUAGAGUACGCCUACCAAGGGCUUUAAGUGAAGGAUGUCCACUGAAGCCUUAUUCUUGGGAGGAAGCCAUUGGAACAGCUGUGCUUAGGAAUGCUGAAAAUGUUGUGAAACUGGGAGACCAGAUCUUAAUCAUGUGUAAGGCACUUAGACAGGGUGGUAAAUUCGUCAUUGUCACAGACAGAAGUAUCUUGGUGGUGAGUUGCUCCAGUCUGGUUGAUUUGGGUAAGCCCGAUUUCCUGGGGGUUCCGGCCAGCCCAGAGUGGGCCGUAGAAGCAGAUAUUGGAAUGGACAGUGUAAUUCAUGCCACUAUUGAUGAAUGCGCAGUACACAUAGUAGGAAGCAGUAUGGAUACCUUCUCGAGGGCAUCCCCGCACCAGCAGCAGAAGCACAGUCAGGGAAGUCGGGUAAAGCGGUGGAACAAUUAUCAGAGUCCUCUUCCUCUAUUCCAGACUAACUUAGAGUUUGCCUGCAAAGAAGAUGCACAGGACCUUCUACAAAUGCUUUUGUCUACUAUUGAGAAGGGAAAAGACAGAGGCUGGGGCAGGACCUACAUUCUGCACCAAAGCAAUCUCAAAUAGCCAAACUGGAGGCAGACUUCUUCCAUUCGCAAUUCAAAUGAAUAUAUUUUUCGCCUGCCACUGAUUUUUAACGAUGCCAGCUCAUUGCUGAAGUGAGUUCCAAGCUGUGUACAUUAAGCUUCUUGUUGUACAUUUUGUACAUAUUUGUACAUUUCAUUCGUAGUUCAGCUUUCUAGGUCUUUUUCUUCGUCGCGAGCAAAAUUCAGAGUCCAACCACACAUAGGUCUGUGUUCUUGAAGAUCCCUUGUUUAAGGAGUAAUGCUUCCAGUAUAGAAAUCUUUUUUGUAAACCUUGCCACCCUUUUCACCCUAACAAUGCUUCCAAUAUCAUAUAGAUUACAAAAGGCAAACUUACUGUAUUCGACA